CCCCCGCCGCUGCGCGGUGAGGAAAUAUGAAGACCCCGCACUGUGCAGCCGUGGCGGGAGCUUAUUAUUACCGGAGGUGAAACGGAAAACAUGAGCGAGGACACGCGCCCAGACGAUGACAGCUACAUCGUGUGUGUGAAAGCAGUGGUGAUGACCAGAGACAAUUCAAGUGGCGGCUGGUUGGCGCAGGACGGCUGCCUGAGCAGAGUGGGCGUGUGCAGGCUGCUGCCGACCGAACUGCUGGGACGCAACAGCUUCCUCAUCCACGGAGAACGCCUGAAAGACAGACAGGUGAUUCUGCAGUGUUUCCUAAAGAAGGAUCUGGUCUAUACCAAGGCCACACCAACGUUCCACCACUGGAUGGUGGACAACAGGAAGUGUGGGCUGACUUUCCAGAGCCCUGCUGAUGCCCGAGCUUUCAACCGCGGGGUGAGGAAGGCCCUGGAGGACCUGACAGAAGGAUCAACCACAUCUUCAUCGACGCCGCAGAAUGAGGCCGAGCUCGGUGAUGACGAUGUCUUCACGACCGCCACUGACAGCUCGUCCAACUCGUCCCAGAAGAGAGAGCACACGCUGGCCCCGCCCCACUUCUGUGAGCCUCGGCGGCACCACUGCGUCCUGGGACAUUUCUAUGAGCAGCACCGGCCCUCUGAUCACUACUUCCUGGACCAGGCCGUGCGCAUGUUCCCUCAUCACGUCAGCUUCCAGGUUGAGGACGAGGAGAUCAUACACAUCAACCCCCAUGAGCGAACCUGGCUCACCGGCUACGAGGACUACCGCCACACAAACUCCACACCAGACAAACUCACCCAGCCCACCAACCCCAACGCCUAUGUGCACUUCUCCAAGAGUGAGCUGCCCAAACACGCCUACACGUACCCGUACCCACUGAGCUGUGACGGUAAACCCAGCUGCAUGGAGCCAGAUGGGGGCCACAGAGCAGUGGUGAUGGGGCAGCCGCGAGCUCUGCAGUCCAAAGGCAAAUGGCAGAAGGAGAAUGGUGAGCGUUCACGCUGCGUUUACUGUCAGGACAUGUUCAACGAGGAGGACAACGGGCGGGGCCGCUGCCAGGAAGCCCCCGACCCCAUGCAGACCUGCAUCCGCCGAGUCAGCUUCAUGUGGUGCGCAGACAGCCUGUUGUACCACUGCAUGUCAGACCCAGAGGGGGAUUACUCCGACCCGUGCUCCUGUGACACCAGCGACGAGCGCUUCUGCCUGCGCUGGACGGCGCUGGUGGGUCUGUCACUGCUGGCGCCCUGUAUGUGCUGCUACGCCCCCCUGAGGGCGUGCUACCGCUGUGGCAUGACCUGCCACUGCUGUGGCGGGAAACACCACGCC